AUGGUCCAUAUCCCUUCCGGCGUGCGAUCAACCCAAACCAACAUAUCUGUGAAAGCACGCGAUCUGGCAUUUGAGAAGUCUCUUGGUUACUUUGGAAAGGGCUCUGGCGUGCAGAUGGACGGGCAAACACUGAAAAUAUAUGAUUGUCAUCCCAGGACAUUAUCCUCAGCUUUACCUGGCCCCAUUGCGCUUGGGUCGUCCAUACCUUUUGCGCUUUGUGGUUCAAAGGUCCUUUUCAUUCUAGAAGAUCUUAUACUGACCGGAUAUUGUAAUCGUACAGCUGUUGGACCUCAAUCCCUACGUGGCAUACCAAACGGCUAUUCAAGCCAGCAACAAAUACCGCAAAACAGAAGUGUAUCUGGCAGGCUACCUCCAACUGGAAAGAUGGCCAGCAAUGGAGCGAGUUGGGCGUUCGGUGGUGGAGUACCAAUGGGCAGUACAGGCUUAGGAAACCCUCGACCAAAUAAUGGACCCACAACGAGCUUCGCACAAACUGUCGGUGGCUCGUCGCAGCCAGCCACUCCUCUGGACAUAAAUGAAUUUCCUUCAUUAUCUAACAAUCAACCUCAACCAAGCCAGUCAACUUGGGCGGCUUCUGGCAAUCGAAAUCUAGGACCUUCCGGAAGCAUGCGUAUGCAACAGCCGUCGCUAUCAUCGCAGCAGCAAUUAAAUGCCCAACAACAAACACAGCAGCAACAGGACGACCUCUUCAACUCCUCAUCACAACUACCAAGCAGCCAAGGGGGGUUUAUAUUUGGAGCACAAAAUGCUGUUGGGCAGUCCUCCCAAUCCAGCAUCGUUGACGAAUUCCCUCCUCUCAAUCGUAAUGCAAACGGCGACAUCGGCCAAGAUCGAAACUCUAGCUUGAUGCAAAACGUCGGGUUUGGUGCGCCAUCAAAUGGUGUGGGGUUCGGCUCUGCAAAUCCUCCACAAGCAAAUCGGACCAACGGUCUGUUGAAUGCGCUUUCAGAAAGUAGUCGAGCUCCUCCAGGGAACCGUAUUGCAUCGCCGGGAAGUUUAUCAGGUGUAUCAAGUUCACGAUCUCCAAUCGAAGGCGGUCGCCUGGGUUUAAGUGGCGUUGGAGAGGACGCAAGCAACUUCUCAAACGCCCGAUACGACGCGUUAAUGUUGCGUGAUGAAGGCACACCGCAUCCUACAAUGAGUGCAGGAGCCAAUUCGCGGCUAGAUGGCGCACAGCAUCAACUUGAUGGAGCCGUCCCACGGUCGCAGACGGUCGAUUCAGGUGCUGAGCCAUCACGAAGCAAUGGCGAAGAUUCUGGGCCUGUAGUGCUAGAUCCUUUAGCAAACAUGGGCGAGAUUGACAAAUGGGGCUUGAAAGGGUUUUCGUUCAUGAUGAAUAACUACCCAGACUAUGCCGGUCUUGUCAGUGGUGUCAACAUUGGGAAUCUUGGAUUUGAUCUGAGCUCGUCGGAACCAUUCUCCACGCAAUUAUACUCAUUAUGGGACAAUGAGCCUAGCAGACCUACGAUUCCUCGCUUUUCCAUACCUGAGUGCUAUCGAGUACUGAACGUUGCUAAGGUGGAUACGAAAAUCCAGAACUUCAACGACGAAGCCUUGAUAUUCAUGUUCUACAGCAAUCCAGGGCAUGAGGACCAGGUCAGGGCCGCUCAAGAGCUUCACAACCGGAAUUGGCGUUAUCAUAAGAAGUUACAGCAGUGGUUGACCAAGGAUGAUAUGAUGGUUCCCCAAACGUUGGGCAAUGGCACGGAACGGGGGUACUAUAUCUUCUUCGAUAUCAAACAGUGGAGCAGAGAACGUCGAGAACUCACUUUGGUUUACGACGACCUAGAGAAUUUGCCUAAUAACGGUGUUAGAGGCCCUCUGACAUAG